AUGUCAUAUACAAUGUAUAGAGAGACAACACUUGGUGCGGCAUUAACUCAUACUCUAGAAGAAUUCGUGGAAGAAGGUUUAAUUAGUCGUACGUUGGCAACUAAAGUAUUAGUUGCAUUCGACGACAACAUUAAUAAAGCCUUGGCCUAUAAGUUCUCUGACGCUAUUCAGCUCGUUAUAGGGAUGUGGGUGAACAAUGUCCUGCAAUGA